AUGAAUAGUAUCCUUUCUGAUCGUCAGAAAGAUGAAUUGCAUAAAGCAAUUUUAGAUUAUCUUAAUUCGAGUGGAUUUACAGAAUCAUUCAUGACUUUGAAAUCUGAAACACAUAAUGAAGACUUUGUUCCUGACCCAAAGCAAAAGUAUGCUGGUCUGCUAGAAAAAAAGUGGACGUCUGUUAUUCGUUUACAAAAAAAGAUUAUGGAGUUGGAGACCAAGUCAGCACAGCUACAGGAAGAAAUAAAUAACGCACCCGUUCGAAAGCAAACCAGUUCAACCGAUUGGAUACCUCGCCCACCUGAAAAGCAAAGUAUGACGGGUCACAGGAGUCCUAUUACUUGCGUUGUCUUUCACCCAGUUUAUCAGAUACUUGCUUCGUCUUCUGAAGACACCACCAUUAAAAUAUGGGACUUUGAAACAGGAGAAUUCGAACGUACUCUAAAAGGGCAUACAAAAUCUGUACAAAAGAUUGCCUUUGAUCCCAAGGGGAACUAUUUAGUUUCUUGUUCAGCUGAUCUUACGAUUAAAGUGUGGGACGUCAAUAGUGACUAUAAAUGCAUUAAAACGCUAUAUGGACAUGAUCAUAGCGUCUCUUCUGUUGCUUAUUUACCCUCAGGAGAUAUCAUUGUGUCUUCUUCUCGUGAUAGAACGAUCAAACUAUGGGAUGCUUCGUCAGGUUACUGUACAAAGACACUGACAGGGCAUUUAGAUUGGGUGAGAUCAGUUGUGCCUAGUGAAGAUGGCAGAUACCUAUUGACGGCAUCCAAUGAUCAGACUGCCAGACUUUGGGAUAUUCAAACAGGAGAGUCAAAAAUGGAAUUUAGAGGGCAUGAACAUGUAUUAGAAUGCGCUAUUUUUGCACCUACUAAUUCAUAUCAAUAUAUACAAGAAUUAAUUGGUGAUGAGAAUAAAGCAGCCAAGGACCCAUUACCAGGUCAGUUCAUUAUCACUGGAUCAAGAGAUAAAACAAUCAAACUAUGGAAUUCAAAUGGACAAUUGCUGCAUACGCUAGUAGGACACGAUAACUGGGUUAGAGGACUAGUUGUACAUCCAAAUGGAAAAUAUUUACUAAGUGCUUCAGACGAUAAAACGAUCAAGAUAUGGGAUUUGAAGACAGGACGAUGCGCAAAGACUAUAGAUGCUCAUUCACAUUUUGUCACCUGUAUAGCCCAUUGUAAUACGAGCCCAGUUGUUGCAACAGGAAGUGUUGACCAAACAAUUAAAUUAUGGCAAUGUCGAUAA